AAUGGCGAACAAAGAGUAGGCUAACGUUACUUCACAAUUGUUAGCCAUGUCUGUUGAAUCUUUAAGAUCAUUUAGUGUAACAUUAAGCUUUAAGGGAUGUUUCCGAAUAUAUUUUGAUGUAUAAAAUGGGACUGUUAAUCUAACAGUGUAAAGCUGGACAAUAUAUAAUCUCUAAACUAUGGAGGAGGGGGUGAAUACUGGACACUGUAGGCCUAAAAUAGCUGGCCACCUUAAGGAAGAGAUGGAUGUCUUCAUGUUCAAAAAGCAAAUAAAACAAGAGAUGAAACCAAUUCAUGCAUUGCGGAAAAGUACAAGGCCAAGAAAACAAAGUCAGAGAAUGCUGGAUGGGGCAGAAGAUGAUGAGAGUCCACCCACGAAAAAGCCAUGUAAAAGUUUUAAGAUAAAUAAACAUCCAGAUAUUUGCAAAAAUGGUGAGCCUUUUAAGUGUAGCUUAUGUGAAAGCCCUUACAUCAAUACCAGUGCUGCUAAGGCUAAGAAGAAGCUGGAAAAUGAGCCAAUUGUUAAAGAAGUAAAUGGGCAGCUAUUGGAAUUGUGUGUAAAGUGUGCUAUAGCACUAAACAAUACAGAAAACAAAGGUCCCUCACCAGAGGAACGUGAGAUGUUUGAAGAAGAAGGGAAGAAAUUUGCACAGCAGUUAUCUGAAGAACUGGGAGAACCUGAAGCUGUGCGUUUGUAUUGUUCCUUGUACCAAACUACAAAAUGUGGCUGCAUUCAGCUGUACAUCAAUGGCACAAAGGCAGUCAAGAAAAGAAAGAACAGUUUUACCACAGCUGACAUGAGCAAUCCUGAAGUUGUGGAUAGAGACUUGAGCCUAGAACCACCCGAUGACCAGGCAGACAGGUCAAGGAAAGCAAACUUUCUCUUAAGUCUGUUGAAGACAUCUAAGGCUAAAAAAAAACUUGAUUCACAGAAAUCUAUCAAAUCCAAGUUGAAGAAAUUGUCCAGUGAAGAAGCUGUAAAUAAUAAAAAAGAUCUUGAAACAUUCAUCCUGGCCAACCGCACAAAGUUAAAAUGCCUUGGCAUCUGUGAACGAGGUUGCCAGAAAGUGCUGUGCUACUCAAAUAAUUUUUUGCACAAAAAACUGGCUGUCACAGGCUCAAAGCCAAGACUUGAAAAGACAAAAGGAGGUGUUGCUGAAGGGAGAGUUCCUGAUCUAGAUAGACUAGCCACUAUCUCCUGCUGUGAAAUCACAUGCUCACAGAUAGCUCUGAAAGAAAACAGCAGAGUGGCCAAAUGGAGAGAACAAGCUCAAAUGAGUCAGAAAGAUAUGUGGCAAGUUAUUGCUGAAAUGUUAUCUUUUACUGACUGUGAAGGCAAUGGUAGGAAAUGCUGCUAUAAGUUCAUCAGCCUUGUGACAGGCUGCUGUCAGACCACCAUACAGAAAGUUUAUGUCAAGACUAGACUGGCCAAGGGGGACUCCACUAAACCAGACCAUGGGAUGAAGUCACAUUGGAAGAAGCAGAAAGCUGAAACAGCUGGCUUACCAGCAGCAAAAGGGAUGAAGAGUAAUGUCCAGACCAUUGAAAGUAAGAGCCUACAGGAUGCAGGUACAUCCUCCUCUGGUGCAGGCACACCCUCCAUAAUGGCCAGCACUGUUGUUACACUGGAGCAGAGGCUACCCCCUGUUACUGGCAACCUUCAGCCCAGCUCUUCUAAUGUCUCUGUGGUCUCUGCCAUGUCUUGUUUUAACCAGAGACUGGAGGAGCCCAACAUGCCAGUAAGCCAGGAACAGAGGCAAGUAUCUGGGGCAGCUCUCAAGGACAGGUUCUCAACUGUGUCAAAUGAUGAUGAGGAACUCUAUGCACAUUUCUCCAUGUUUAAACACCAGGUAACAGAAAAGAGGCCUGAACUGCUGGAGUUGUUGAAUGCUAUAGAGGAUGGUCUAAAGAACAGGAAGGAUAGCAGCUCAGAGAUGGGGCCAGCGCAGACAUUUGUGCCUGCAAGUCUUGGGUCAUCUGCUGGGAGUGUUCAAGUCAGCUCACUCUCAUCAUCUACACCAGGGCAGUCCUGUGUGAGUAGCAAAGUUCCACAAGCCGUUCUGUUAGGUUCUGUCCUGACCACAGCACACUCUGAUCAGAGGAGACAGACCAUGACAGUGGUCAGCUCAAACAGGUUGUCAUCCGUGGAGACAUCAGUGGCUAGCCAGAGUCCAGUUUUGUCACAUGUGGCUAAGCAGAGUCCAGUUGUGCCCCACGGACACCCACGUAGUGCUCCUGUUUUGAAAUCCCCGUUAGCUCAAGGGAAAACUCAAACCAAUGCAGGUUCUCAUUUUAUCAAAACUUUACCUGCACUGUCUCCAAAGGUGCUGACAGGAAAGCAGGUGGCAUCCCCCAUGGGGUCAAAUCUUACUGGAAAUCAAGUUUCUAAUGACCAGAUGCAGUUGACUUCAAAACUCUGCUGGAACCAGGUCUCAACUCCUACCACCCAGACAAAGUUGACCAGUGUGGAAAAGAUGGAUUCUCUACCUCAUUCCGACCUGCUUGUUUCUUAUCUCAUACCUACAAGUGGGGGGAGCCAGAACCUUGUUCAGGGUCAGAUGUCAACUCAUUCAGGUACUAACAUGUCCUGCAGUGUUGUUACAUCUAAUUCAUCCACUGGUCAGUUAACAGCUCAAGCUCCUGGUCUCACUCAGGACACAUUGUCUGUGUUUCUCCCCAAUGAAACUCUCAACCUGCAACAUCCCAAAGUCUUUCCCAUAGAUUUCAACAACACGGACAAUUCUAGUAUCAAUUACCUGUUAGGGGCUUCACCUGCUCCAGGUACAAACUUCAUCCAGGUGCUGGCACCUCAGAGUCUUCCUGAUCAGGGGUCAUUAAACACGAUGGAUGGCAGCUCACAGUCUAAGAUUCAGGGAAAUGCUGCUGCUUCACAAUCUCAACCCCCAGCCUCAACUUCUCAGUACUCUAGUCUCUUUGAUGCCCUCGCAGAUUCCCCAGUCAGAGAACUGGCUCAGCAGUCGUUACCUGAAGCCCAGCCAAAGAGGUCUUAUCUCCCUGAGAUAUUGGUGACCUCCAUGAACUCUACACCAGCGGUAUCUGCUUCAAGUGUGCUGUCCAACAUAGCAGAUAUCAGCACAGAUGGUCCAAGUCAGAGCUCAACCAAGACUGUGGCAUCCCACUUAGGAUCAGCUCAACUCACCGCAAGCUCACACAGUACUUCUACUGCUCAUAAGAUGAGCCGCACUAAAGAGCCACCUCAGGUGGUUAUAGUCAACCCUUAUAUUUCUGGCAUGGAAACAUCAGAUCUCAGCUCCAUCUUAACAACCUCCCAGUCUUCAUACUCACUUCCUACUUCCCAGCUGACCAGCUCGUUCCAGGCUAAUGAUAACAUAACACUCCAGUUGGGUACCCAGCAGCCUCAUCUCAGUAACCUUGGCAACCAACAAACUCUUCAGCUGAUCACAUCUAUGUCCAAUCCACCUCAGGCAGCAAACCAAUCAUUGACUCCAUUUAUUCAAGCCAGAGCCAAUACCAAUGUGUUGAUCUCUCAAAAUAUGAACGCAGGAAACCACUCAGCAAGUGUGCUAAAUAUAGCACCAGGGAACCCACCCCCCAGUAACCCUUCAUCCAAUGCAACUCUAAAUAUAACCCCUGGAAAUUCAACCCAGAAUAACAUCUCAGCUAACUCUGUUGUAAACAUAGCCACAGGAAAUCAAACCCUCGCCAUCUCUCAGAGCAACCCCACCCUCACCAUCCCCCAGAGCAACCCAACUUUCACCAUUCCUCAGAGCAAUCCAACCUUCACCAUCCCCCAGACCAACCCUACUCUCCCCCAGGGCACCCCAUCUUCUGAUCUCACCAACAUGACUCUGCUGUCUUUAGGAAACCAGCUGUACCAACUGGUGCCAAACACUCUAACCGGGCAGUUCCAGCUGAUUCCAUUACUAUGUGCCAACACGUCAGCCACACCAGUCAAUCAGUUUGUGUUAAACCUGCCUCCUGGAACAACCUCUAGUUUUCAGGCUGUCUCUGAUCCUGUGAGUACUCUAAGUACUGACACAACUCACCAGUACCAACAGGGAGUGACUCUAGUAUCCCCUCCAUUCCCUAGCAAUCAGACAGCAAGUCAAGGACCAAGACAUGUCUUGCCUAAUUCAAGGUCUGGUGUAGGGAGCCAGCAGGCUGAACAGCAACCAAGCACUGGAGCAACUUUCAUAUCUAACUUAGGGGAUGCUAAUCACAAUCAGCUGUUAGUUCCAGUGUCUAGCAGUGAGGCUAAUACUAAUUCAUUGGUGACUCUCAUUCCUCAUCAAAGUGGUCUGCUAUCUAGUCAAUUUGUCCCCAACCAACAACAAAUCAUGGUAUCAAACAUACAAGACAAUGCGAACAAUCCAAACCAGCAGUUGAUCCAGUGGACCACCCCUGGACAAGGCCAGGCCAGCUUGGGUGUAGAGUCUGGGCAAGGUUCCGCCAACCAUGUCCUGUUUGAGAACCAGUCAGUAGAAACACAGAAACUUGUCAGUGAGUUCAUCUUGUCAAGUCUCUGCCAGAAUUCUGACAGAAAUCUUCUCUUGCAACAGUUGGCGCCAGUCUCUACUCCUAAUUCUUCCGUCACUGUAUCGAAUCUUAACCAUAAGCAAGCAUCUUCAACACACCAAAACACAGUGUUCAAAUCCACAAUUGACAACAAGUCCAAGCCUGUAGGUUGUCCAACAGAUGGUAUGUUAAAGCCUGCUUCUUGUCCAGCAAGUGAAAUGAAUCAAAUUCAUGGUUCCAUGUCUCAAUUGGAAGUGUUGCUGCAAAGAUCAGAUACAUCACAAGCCAACACAAUAGCCAACCAAACGAAUGCCUGGCAACUAAAUGUGGAGGCCACUGACAAUGCAAGAAAGUCUUACCAGCAAAGUUCAACUAACUCUUCUUCUGUCCCCUCACAACCUCAACUAAAAGCAAAUAUUAAUCCAUCAAUGAAUGCAAACAGUCAGAUCACUAAACAGGGUCUUACCCUGUCUGCUGGUAGCUCUUCAUUAUCCUCGAAUACAGUUAAUGCAUCUAACUCCAGACUGCUGUUUGACCAUCUACAAAAGCUGCCUGCAAAAUCUAGCAUCAACUAUUUGCAAGGAAACAUGCAUAGGGAAAACACACAGUCACAUACUGGCCAUCAAGUCAGGCUGAGAGAAAGCCCACAGUCAUUGAGUGACCAAUCCAGGUUAACAGAGCAAACACAUAUGGACCAACAAGCCAUGUUACGAGAAAACACCCUGUCUCAUACCGACCAGCAAGUGCAAGACAAUAAAUCCACAACCCAGCAGUCCAAAGCAACAGUGCUGGUACAGCCACAGAAUGUCCAUAUAUUCAUGAGCCCCUCAUCAGGCAGUGGUAAAGAUGAAGACAAACUCUGCCUACAGAAAGUGUCUGAGGACAAGAGGAGUGAAGUCAUACCACUGCUGGUGGCGUACCUGCAUGGGAAUCCUAACGUCAGCUGUGAGGUCACCCCCAGUCAGGAUUUCUGUUCACCUGGUCCUUCAGGUACUGACAUGGAAGGGAACCAACUCAGGCAAGCCAUGGGCACUAACCAUGGCCCCAGCACUGUGGUCACCAUCUCCACCAAUCAGGAGUUUGUAGAAUCUCUAGGGAAAGGUCAGUCAGGGGUCGACUCCUCCUACCUGACUGGUGAGUUCCCUGCUGGGCAGAAUGUCUCAUCAUCCACAUCAUCCAGUCCCAGUGAAGACUACACUUACCAGUGUUCUACCUCACAUGCGGCUCAGGUUGUGCCUGCAUCAGGCCACGCCUCAUCCACUCUGUCACAAUCUCUGUACACUUACACAACAGCCUCAGCGGAUGCCACAAGCAGUGACAGGUCCUGUCCAGCUUUUAUCCGGGCUACCAACACACCUACGGAUGCUGUAGGCCCCCCAAACAUCACUGUGAUGUCACCAUCCAGACACGGCUCAUCCCACAUGCCCAGACUUAGAGUAGAUACCUGUAGGACAACUUCUGCUACUUUCCCCCUGUCAGAUACUGUAGGUGUUGCCAUGCCAAAUCAAUCUACUAAAGCUGGGUUGCAGUUGAUUAGUCACGCUUCAUCAAACAAAAGUCAGUCAGGCAUGCCGGUAACUAGUGCAUCGUUUGCAAGUGUGAUUGGCACCCCAAUGUCCAACCCAUCAAGCACAAACCUUACAAGAGUACCAGCGACCAGUCAGGCCAAUGUCAAGGUUGUUGGUGGGUCCAUGCCCGCCCACAGAAACAUAAGUGUUUCAGUGUCUAGUAACAGUACCCAGAAACCUGGCAGUCAGCUCACCCUAGUCUCAUCAAGCCAAGCCACAUUGCCAGCGACGCCUCACAGUAAAGCCAGCACCAACUACAUCACACCUAAACCUUCAUCAACAGCCGCAUCCCACGCCACAUCUGCCAAGAUCCUAGAGGAACGCUUCAAGUUAAACUGUAACCAAACAAAACCAAGGAACAGGCCCUACACUGUGCUGCAGCUACUGCAGCAGCAGGAAAAAGAACAAGCCCUAGCAAGUCAGGGCCCCACCCCUAGCGCUGCCAGCAGUGUGGGAACUACCAGCAUGCCAAGCCAGACCAGCUCUGCCUCGCUGCCUCUGUACACAACUGCCAAUGUACUCAGUGCCACACAGCCUAUUCCCACACCAGCUGGUCCCCUCACCCUUGUCAUCCCAAUACCCGCAGCUUCUCAAGUUUUUACUAAAGAUGGCUCCGACAACAGGGCUUUAUUUGGGCAGAUCUCUUUCAACAGCAGCAAUCCAGGUGUUGCUAUCCUACAGCCCAGCCUCCUCCAACCCUCACCAACAACUCAGGGAUCCACUCUAGUGUUGAAGAAAGCCAUUUCUCAACCAGAUACCAGCAACCAACCUGCAUCCCACAGCACCACAGCCUCACCUGCACCACUCCUGACCAGUAAAAUCGGACCGGACCCUCUUACAUUACCCAAGCUAUCUAAUUCCACUGCCUUUACUCCAACACAUUCUAAAAGCAUCAGCGGCAGCACUGCUAGUACCUUGACAGCAUCCAAACUUGCACCUAAAACUCUGAAGCUACAAACCCCAACAAGCAUUGCCUGUAAUCUGGCUGCCCAGUCCUCACUUCCCCCGUUUGAAGCCAACAUUAAACUCAUUGGCCAGCCUCAGGUGUCUGGUAACACUUCAGCUCUAAACAAAAAAUUGAAUGAGAAAUCUCUAAAGUUGAGACCUUUACCACAGUCAGAGUCUCAGGUACAGUUGAGCACCAACACAAACAGGCCUGACUUCAAACCUCAGGACAGAAAGCCUGGAGAAGAUACCCACAGCAGGCCAGGCUCUGUUGAAUCAACUGCCUCAACACACUCGUCUCAAUUAGAUUCACCUUACCCAUCCAAGCAACAUGUGCUCCAGUUGAAAAGGUCGCAGGUCAAUUCUACAGCUUCUGAAGUUAACCCCAGCUAUUAUGCUGAUAACACACCCAAGGUCAAAGUUCAUUUACAAGACAAUGGUGCUGAUACGGUUCAGUUCUUUCAGAUUGAUCAGUCAAAUGCUGAUGCUGUAUACAGAAGCAUGGAACAGUUCACACACAUCCCUCACCAUACAAAACCCACCAACACUUUCCCCUCAAACUCCACUAAUGCUCUCCCCAUCAAUUCAAAUUCCCUCCCCACCCACUUGAAGACUACAAAUUCUCUCCCCACCCACUUAAACAUAACUGAUCAUUACAAAGAUAAGAAAAGCUUACCUUCCCAAAACCCAUUAUUAGCAAAUAUUUUGUUUGAAUCUUCACAAAAUAUUUCCACGGGUACCCAACAAACUUUGUCAGAUGCCGUUGUCAGAAUGCUCUCCUCCCACAAUAAAGCUACACUUGAAAGAGCAUCACAAGGCCCAUUUGUCCAUAAGAAUGAGACCCCGCCCAGUGGACCUAAAGUAAACCCAUCCCUUGACCAAUGGUCAAGAGGUGGUCAACCAUCAGGUUCAGAUACCUUACAAUCCCCGACAAACACUCUGUCACGCCUGCUGAAUGCUCCCGUCCUUGAGAACACGCCCAGUCGUAGGAUAGAAAAAGUCAUCAACGACAUCUACAAGUUCCCUGAUGAUGUGGAAGACACGCCCAAUGCUGUGAGGUACCAGUCUGAUCAGCCUGACAACAUGGGCUCUGUCCAUAAGAAACAUGGCAAUCAGUUUGACAGGUCCAAGGCCAACGUCCCUUUCACUGAUGACCUGUGUAUUGAUAAUGCUUCAGAAAACUCCAUGUUUAAACAUUCUAAGCAUGGCCAUGAAAAAAUCAUCUCGCCUAAAACAACAACUAAAAUCAACUUGAAGAAAGUCCAGUUUUCAGAUGAAAUUGGCAAUAGCUCCAUACCUACUGAAGUAAACAGCCUAAACAUGAUGCACUCAGCACCAUAUAAUUCUGUUUCAUUGGCUUCCAGAAAUUCAUCAGAAGAUAAAGUCUAUAAAUCAGAUUCCCGCAACACUAAUUUCAUGUAUAAAGAGGACCACGAAGAACUUUCUUUGAAUCAGGCUGUAUUGAAAGGUACCAUGUCACAUAGAGGAGGGCCUAAGGACAGCAAGCUUAAAGCUUUGCUGUCUAGUAAACCUGACGGUACUUUUGCGUUAAGAUAUGCAGAGGAAAGUUUGUCUGAAUCUGGUGUUCUUAUAUCAGGUGUUGGGUUUAAAAAAAUGAAUAAGGAUGACGCAUGCAGUGGGGAGUAUCCUAAGGACUUGGCUAAUACUUCCAAUUAUGUACGCUCAAAAUUCUACAGUGACCAGAGAGAUGAAGAACUGUCUUCACCAGUAGAGAGUGCAUCUAAACACAUGUUACCCUCCUAUCCCCAGGACUUUGCCAGCAAUUCUUCUUUUGAAAUUCUCUCCCCUAAAGGAUACAGCAAGUUGUCUGGUCAAAGGGGGAAAACUCUGCCUAAUGUUGUGUACAUGGAAGAUAACUCUGAAAGUGGCAGCCAUGAAGACAGGUAUGAGAUGGGCAAGCCCACAACGUUCUUCAGAAAAGACAUGGAGGAGGCUGUGGAGAGACAGAAUCUAGAACGCUCUCAGCUUCUCAAGUCUAAUUUUGAGCUGGCACAGCAGAUGAACCAGAACACAGAGAAGGGUUAUGCCAAGUUUCACAGCCCUUAUGUUGAGUUUCACAACUAUGGGGAUUUGAACUAUGGAGAAAUAAACUCAGCAAGCAAAGAUGAUGCUUCUAACGAUAUAACCCCGGAGUAUGUCGAAGCCUUUCAAAAGGUUAAUAAGGAUGGUAGGAGUCAUGUGGAGGAAAAUAAACUUUUUUACAAAUCCAGGUUGGAUCAUCUUUCUCCGCAUGAAGAUGGCAUCCAUAAGAAACACCUGCCUUCUUCUGGAAUCUUAAAGCCUUCUCCGCUGCCUGAGUGUGAGCCUUUCAAACAAGUGGAUGGGCAGAGAGUAAGGCACCCUUCAGGUGUGAAAAAUAUAGAAACUGAUUUCUCCUACCUGGACAGCAGACACAGGUCAGCAGGGGCUCACAAGUCUUUUGGUGACCUGGCUGACGGCAUCCGUGGCAGAGAUCCACUGGUGUCGUUUUCCAGCAUGAGCAGACAUGAAGCAGACUCCUCCCCACAGCAUGAGAGGCAGAGAUACCCCUCGGCUGAGUUCCUAGCACUGGACUCAUCAAGACAUAGAUCUACAGCUCAGAUGUUCAAGUUCAAUGACCAAGAUCCCCCGCCUUAUGAUAUUUCCCAGCGCCAGAGAAAUCCUUCCUCCUCAUCCCUUAAGGCUUUUUUCUUAUCAGAUUCAGAAUUUCCAAAUUUUGAUGGAGGAAACAGAAGCAGGAACCCGUCCUCGUCCUCCCUGAUGAAAUUAGAGUUUAUUGAGCACUCGUUUCACCCCAUCCGGAGCCGGAACCCCUCUGGCUCAUCAACACGCAGGAGCCGCCCUGGGAGCAGCAGCUCGGACAGAGAGUUCCACAUGAAUAAUUUUGAUGAGCUACCCAUUUUUUCAGAUGUCAUGCGCACAAGAAGUAGAAACAGCAGCGGUGAGUCCCUUGAACCAACCAUUGACACCAUUAUACUGGAUCCAAACUUCCAGAACUAUGUCAGGCACAAGUUCUAGGUGUGAAUAUCCACAUUCAUAAGCUGAUACAAACUUCCAGAACUAUGUCAGGCACAAGUUCUAGGUGUGAAUAUCCACAUUCUUAAACCGAUUUAAACUUUCAGAACUGUCAGCUAUUGGGGAAAAAAUUAUGUUCUUAACUGAGCUCAAAAUGCAGAACACCUAUUUGUGAUGAACUAUAUUUGUAAACAGCUGUGCUAAGUUCUGCUACAUUGGCAUUUAGCUAAGAAUGAAGAGACAUGAAUUGAUGAAUCACUUAAAUAGCUGGAUGAACUUUAUGAUGUACCUACUUUUUGCUUUAAUUUGCUGUAGUUGUAUUUAUGCAAUGGUAACUAAGUUUAUCACUGAUUUCAAUGAAUGCUGCAAAAUUGUAUAAUAAGCUGUUAAAUAUCCUUUACAAUGUCAAUGUGAGUUAAGCAUUUUUUUGUAUUUUUUUCUCCAAAAAUUGUUAUAUAUUUUCUCAGUUAAGUGGUUUACACAUUGAAUAGAUUGUACUCACAGUACCAUGAGUUUCAUGGUGCAAAUUCUCUCGUUCUUUUAAUGUUGGUUAAUGAUUCCUAUGCUUCACUCAAUGCAGGUUUUUACAGCUUUUUCACAUUUGUUAAUUUUUAAUUUUGUUAUAAUUUUUAAAAGUAUUGAUGACAUGAGAGAUCUUCUGUAGACAUGUCACUGACAUGGCAGCACUGACAUGACUAAUCUUCCAAAAAAUGGCACUGAUGUGAUAGAUCUUUAGUACAUGUAUCAUUGACAUAACAGAUCAUCCAUACAAAUGGCACUGAUAUAACAGAUCUUCUAUACACGUCGCUGACAUUACAGAUCAUUUGCUGAUUGAUGGAUAGACCAAGAACAUAUUGUACAUACUGAUCUGUUUUUCUUUUUUUUGGGUGAAAUUUGCAACUUUUAGAAUUAUAUGCAUUGUGGAAACAAGUCUGUAUUUCAGAUUUAUACUUUUAGCUGUACCUGGCUUUAAAUAUCUAACUUUAUUUUCUGAUCUACAGUGCCACACUUCUGUAUACUUUGUCACCAUUAUGACAUGUUGAAAUAAAACCAUGUCACUUUUAGUACAAGUUGACAGAUUGCUGUAUCACAAAUAGGACUUGUUGUAUCAUCCCAAGGACUUCCAAUUUUCUGUCAUCCCCAUUACUAUACUUUCUACAGUAUCCAUAUAGAUAUAAUAUUAUGCAAAUUUUUCUUUAAGAAUUUCUAUAUUUUUUACUUAAAACAUUUAUGCAAUGGAUAUAUUUAUGUUGGUAUACCCUCAUUCAAUAGCAUACAUGUUGUGUGUUGUACUAGGUAUAUCAUUUUUUUAUAUUUGUGCAUAGUUUAAUAAUUCUAGUCUGCUUUACAAUUGAGGGAAGAUCUUUUACUAUGAAUUUUAUUAGACAAAUUAUAUGUAAAA